UUUUUCUACUUUAUUGAAAAAAAGGUAGAUUCAGAAAAAGCAUUCAUGAUAAUUCAAAAUAAGAACGAAUCAAUGUCUUGUAAUGAAUUAAUAAUCUCUUUAAUAAAUCGAAAUAAUUUGGCGGAUGAUGUUGUGAAAGCACUUGAAAGCCAUUCAUCGUAUCAAAACUUAAUUUAUAAAGAAUUCAUUCAAGAUGAUUUCAUGUUGAAUAGCAUCAAUCAACAAGAAAUGAACUCGGAAUCUGAAGUGUUUUUAACCUUUUACAAAGACAAAGUAGAGAAAAUAGAUCAAGUUGAAACUCAUCUAGUCCAAACUCAGGAGAUUUCUGAAAGUAUACGAAAUCGGGUUUCCAAAAUGUUAGCAGAUGUUGAGGUUAUAUGUGUGAAAAACGAAAAAGUUUUAAAUCAACUGAAAAAAUUAAAACAAGCCAAAUGGUUAGCUGAGUGGAAGCAAAAAAUUGUAAAUGGUAUUCUCCGCACUCUAAGCGUUUCACAAAAUUUUGAAAUUUUUUUCACUUCUACCAUAAAUAAUCUAGAUGAUCUUGAUUCUUGUGUGUUCUCAACAUACGCUCAAGUCCAACGCGUAUAUGAUAAUGUUGUACAUGUUGAUAAAUUAUUGAAAACACUUGAUAAGGACCUUUGCACAUGUAGUAUGGAUAGAGUCAAUACUGACACUGGUAACAAACCUGCGUCAUCUUCUCCCCCUGUGAUGGAAGAUGUUAUAAAAACAACUAAAGAAUUGUUGCUCCUAGGGGAAGAGAAAAUUUUAAAUUUAACGCUGAAAGAGAUAAACAGCAUAAAAAGUCUUACCGAUUUUUUUUGUACAUCUUCUGAUAGUCUUUCUACAAAACAUACAAUAAAAUUCCAGUGUCUUUCAAAAGCUAUUAAAAUAAUUCGUGCAAAACCUUGUCUUUUCCAAAAAUUGAUAGAAACAUUGCAAGCGAAUCGAACCGAACACUUUAAAAAUCGUUUACUUUAUUCAAGCGCUCUUCAUAAUGAUGAUCAAAAUUUUUUAAACAAAAAAUUUUCUUUUUUCACAGAUUCAUUUAGUUCAGCCAUAUCUCUGGGACCAAUAUUAACCAUGUUGCGGAAUGCGUAUGAGGCUGUUGUUGAAGAAAUGUAUUUAGCCUCCUUUCUAUUUUUACAAGAUUUCAAUCAUAUCGUGCAAAAUAAUGUGACAGAGGCUUCACAAAAUUUGGUUUCUCAUUUACAUAGAGACAAGUGGAAUUUUACUACACCAAAUUUUUCUAACCAUUUGAUAGAACAUUGGAAAAAUUGUAAUUUUUCCCAAAAAAACGAAAGCCAACUUGAUCAAGAUAUAUGUAACUUAUCUUGUUUUGAUGACAAGAAUGUUCUUUAUAAAGACAAUUUUACCCAUUUAAUUGAACACUCUACCAUGAAAAAAAGAUAUAACAAAAUGACCAAUUCUAGUGAGUUUCUAGACACCGUUAUACAAGAGUGUCCUACUUAUCUUGAAAAAGAAAUUGACAAAAAAAUAAAUGAUCUUAAAUUAUCCGCUCUCGAUAUCAGCAAAACGUUUUAUUUGAUUUGCUGCUUUUGUAUGUAUUUAUUUCGUGUAAUGCAACCAAAGAGUAUUACCGAAAAACUAAAUGGGUUAUUGAGUUUCACUAACGUUGAUGCAAAAGUUCAAAAUACUGUAUGUUCAAAAUUCACUCAUGGUUGUUUAGAUCUAUGUAAUUUUACUUUUGAGAAAACGUCGAAUGCUUGGAUGAAGCAGAUCAUCUUGACAGAAGCACAAGUCAAGACACAAGCACCUUCUCGUCAGUGUUGUAUACCUACUUGUUUACAUGAAUAUGUAUCCAACCUUAAUGAAUUUUUUACUUCUCUCACACAUCUAGGAAGCUUAUCCCCCUCGUUUCUACAUUCGAUUCAAGGUGAUACUGGAAUCAUUCGAAAUGUAGCUCAAAUAGCGGUUGUACCUUUAUUAAAUAUUAUUAACCGCUCUUCACAUAUUUCAUACACUAGUUUAAACAAGGCCAUUUAUUUGCUCAACUGUUUUAAAAUUAUUCAGGAAAAAUUGUCUAUACAUCCAUUUCUUGAAAAUUACUUUAUAAUUUAUCAUCAAGUUAUUGAUGACAAUAUUGAUAUCAUUGUGAAAAAUGAGUGUUUAAAUGCCUUGACAAAACUAGGAUUUUUGCCUCGUUUAACACAAUUGCGUGAAUGGAGAUCAUUAUCGCCUGCUGACCAAAAGCAAAAGCCAUUGUCCGCCAAUUCUUCACUACAUCCUCUUUCCGUUUCCGCUUUCCUAAAGUCAUUUCAUGAUACGAUUAUUUUAAAUGGAACCAUCAAACUUGAUAACCUUGAUAAAAUUGCUUCUCUUGAAAUACAAAAAACCAUAAAAAAGAGAGUCUUGAACUCGAUCAUUAGUGCAUAUCAAGAGCUGUCUACUGGUGUGAAUUACGUCGAUCUUGUGGCAUAUACGCGGGAAGAAAUGUGUCAGCUUCUUUCCGUAUAAGACAAUCAAUGGAGUCCAUUUCAAUUUUUUCUUUUAAUAAAUAUUGACAUUGGCACAAAUUGCGUUCAAUUAUUUUACAAUAGACUAAAUUUUUUGUUUUCUUUGAAAUGUACAAAAGUUUAAAAAAAAUUUCAUGAUUAAAUAGUCACCAUUUUUCUUUAAAGUUAUCAAUUUUUCUGUUAUUUCAAAUUUGACACUUUAGUCGUUUAAUGCGAUACUAAAAAUUCUAUUUUUUAUAGCUUAACAAGUCAGAUAAAAGCAACAAUUUUUUGUUUUUGAAGUUUCCAAUAUGCUAUAAGAAUAAUUUUAUUUAUUAUGGGGAACUUAAAGCUUUUGAGACAUUCCUUGUACUUGUAUAACGAAUUUCAAUUGACGCAAUUUUUUUUUUUUUUGAUUUAAAAAUAUUCAAGUGUAAAAAUUGCUAUCGAACAGUUGUGGUAUUUUGAUUUUGUCGGUACAUUAGGAAGGGUAAUGGGUUUUAGCCACUGCACGUCAACCUUCCAAAAGUUUAUCCCCAAAUUACACCGUCACCUCGCAAUAUGUUGAUUUCACACAUUUAGGUUUUUAAAAUGAUUCAUCAGCAAAUUUCCUGCACAAUAAUGACAAACAUUCUUUUAUUUUAAUUUUUUUUUUAACUACUAGUCAAGCGAAUUAAAUUUUUUUCUUGUAUCGUCUGUUUUGGAGGUUAAAGCGUCACAAUCUUUUUAACCAGGGGCCUAAGUGUUUGUGAUACAUGUUGGUG